AUGGGUGAUUUCCACCUGGUGAGUAAGCGGGGAGCGACGUGGGCUGCCGGGACGGCUCGUGUGCGCAUGCAGCUCUUCACCCAGUUGCUCAGAAGUUAUUUUGGUUUUUGCUUCUCUCUGUCUUGUUUUUCAGCUCUUAAGAUGACCAUAAAGGAAGUGAAGAAGGAGAACGGGGAUAAAAUGAUUGUUCCAAGGAAGAGAAAGGCACUGAAGCUGGGGCCCAUCAGGAAGAAGAACCUCAAGAAGCUCGUACUGUUCCUCAAGAACGGGGCCGACUGCCCUUGCCAUCAGCUGGACAACCUCAGCCACUACUUCCUGAUCAUGGGCCGCCAGGUGAAGACCCAGUACCUGCUGACAGCCAUCUACAAGUGGGAUAAGAAAAACAAAGAGUUCAAAAAGUUUAUGAAGAAGAUGAAGUCUCCCGAUUGCCCAACGUUUCCAUCCGUCUUCAAGUGACAAGGCGGGCGGUGGGGGUGCUGCUGGCCUGGACCUUGCACAGCCCCGGGCAUGGCGGUUCAGAUCUCGCUCCUGCGCGGGGGCUGCUGGAGCCCGAAUCCCGUCUGUUUGAUCCUCUGUAUUUGUUUAGCGCUUCCUUCACAGAUCCCAGCCCUCCCACCUCCCCCGUACCGGUAUUUUCCUGAACGCCAGCGUGUGCAAGUGUCACGAGUUUAUACCAGUCACCGAGGUCACAAGCUAUUUUACAUCUGCAGUAUCCAAAGACUAUAGCUGUAAGGAUAUGUAAAUUCAUUUAAAUAUCAACUAUCAGGUAAAGAGGGCAGGCGGAGGGGUGUGAAGUUACAGCAAGAGAUUAUAUGAUCAGAGAGGACCCCUGUGACCUGUCUUACCCUUGUGUUUAUGGCUGCAGGAUUGCCCUAGAUUAAUUCCUGGUUGAACCAGAGCCAGUCUCUUAGAAAAACGUCUGAUCCCGAUGAUAAAAGUUAAUUAAUGAGUUUCGGAGAAUCCAUUACAACCUUUGAUAAGACCUCCCAAUAGCUAAUUGACCUCACUGUAAAAAAAAUAUCAUUCUAUUUCUAGUCUAAACGUGUUUAGUGUAAGCCUUAGCCGUGGGAUGCUCAUGCUCUCUGGACCUGCUGGAAGAAGAGCCCUGCUGUUGGCGCUGCGUUGUGCAGGGUCUUGUAGCCGUAGGUAGGACACUUGUCCCCGCUGAACUAGCCUGAACGAUCUGCUCGAGGCCAGUGCUGUGCUCCUUGUUUUCCUGUCCUCGGAGCUGCCCGCGGCUCUACUCCCAGCCCUUCCCGGUUUGCCGGCUGGUCUCUGGCCCACUCGGCCGAGCGUCGCCGGUCCUCGCGCUCCCCGUGCUCGUUUUUAGCCACGUGGAGGUGCAUGCCGCGUGCUGGCGAGCCCGGCGGCCCGGGACGCCAGUCUCGGGGAGUGCUCGCAGUCGGCUCCCCCGGUUUCUGUCACUUGCUAACUUUACCAGUGAUGUUUUUAUAGUUUCUUCAGGCUGCUGGCAAAAUAUCGGGUUGCAGAAGGCCAAGGACCGGUCCCUGUGGAGCGCCACGGGAAAUGCAUCGUCUCCGUGAUUCCCUCUUUACAGCCACUUCGGGACCUAUCAGUUUCUAGUUUUAAUCCAUUUGAUGUGUGACAACUUGCUUUGUAUCAUUCUGGUUUUUUUUUUCUUAAUCAAAAUGUGAUGUAAUGUGAGGUCAAAUAGUUUAUGAAAGACAAAGACUACUGCAUCCAAAUCAUUACCUUUAUCGACCAAGCUGAAACUCAUUAUUCUGUUAAUUGGACAAGCUCUCUUUUCCUUAGACCCACAUUGCUCCACAUUAAUUAUACUAUCCUGCUUCCAUUCAUGACUCUCAUCAAUCAUGAUUACUCUAACAGAAUGAGUAUCAGG